AUGUCCGUAGACGCAACUCCCGCCAUUAUUAUCGACAAUGGAAGUCACACCCUGAAGGUUGGGUUUACCGGCGACGACGAUCCGACGGGAAUUUUUAGAAACCUUGUGCAUUUGUCUGAAGGUGCCGAUGGAUCGAAGGUCCGUACUGUUGGUGGGGUGGCGCCCAAUGAGAAUGGACGCAUUAUCAGCCCAUUGCAACGAGGCGUACCGUGCGAUUGGGAUGCAAUGGAAAGUGUUUGGGAGUACACGUUCAAGGAUGUGCUGAAGGUAGCGCCGGAAGAUCACCGUGUGCUGCUCACCGACCGACCGCUCAGCGCUAGGGCAAACCGCGAAAAGGUCGCUCAAAUAAUGUUCGAAAAGUUCUCGACACCUGCCACUUACGUGUCGAUGCAGUCAACGCUGGCACUGUACGGGACCGGGCGUACCAGCGGAACCGUGGUGGAUGUAGGCGAUGGUACGACCAGUGUUGUUCCGAUCUACAAAGGCACACCAGCCACCGGAGCUAUCGCGAGCGUUGACUUGGCUGGGUGCGAUAUGGUCGACUAUCUGGCCGAUGCACUCCACCUAAGUGACCGCGAAAUGGCUCGCGAGAUAAUGGAAAAAGUGUGUGCGGUUAGUGCGGACUUGGGAAAGGAAACGGUGAGCAGUGUCGAUUAUAAAACUGCGAACGGCACUGCCGUCACGAUUGGUGCGGAACGGUACCGUUGCGGAGAGGCACUGUUUAAUCCGUCGGUAAUCGGUCACCCGAAGAUCAAACCCUUGCCGGAGCUAAUUGUGGAGAGUGUGGCCGCUUGCAAGGAGAUCACCCGUAAAACGCUGUACGCCUACAUUGUGCUUGCCGGUGGAACGACGCAGCUUAGCGGAUUUGCCGAGCGUCUGCAGCAAGCGCUCACGGCGCUGGUGCCAUCGGAGUAUCGGUGCAAGGUGGUGACGAGCCAACAUCCCGCCCUGAACGUUUGGGCAGGUGGAUGCAUGGUCGCCCAAAGCCCCAUGUUCCAGCAAUCGUGGGUAACAAAGGAAGAGUACGAAGAGCAUGGUGCUGACAUAAUUCAUCAGAAAUGUGUUUGAGGCUGUGGGGGUGGAACUGUUGCUCUCUUUCCACGAACGCUAUUUAAUCUGCAAAGUGGUGUGUUGCUUAUCACGCCGGAAGUAAGAUAAUUUUCAUUCACAAAAACACACCCCGA